AUGCCGCCCGUUCUACGACGCAGUAACAGAAUCAGGAAGCCGUCGAGGCUCUCCCUACCUCGCACCUCCCCCGUGCAAACUACUAACCGAGCCCUUCGAGGGUUGCAGCCCAAGAACGCCCUGGAUGGCUUCAUGGUCAAACUGUAUGCCGAGAUCCACGCUGCCGCUGUGGCCCCGAUUCCAGAGAGCGACCAUUCCGAGAUCCGCGAUGUCCUUCGCAAGGCCAGGACUGUGCGGUUCCUCGAGUUGCUGUCUGGGAAGAGCCGAGACGACGUGACGACAGCACUCGAGAGCUUCUCGUCGAGCACGAGAAGAGUGGGCAGUGUGCACCGGGAUGCCAUGGACAUUAUCAAGGUGAGCCCAUCUCUCCUGCGCGAUCGGCUGUGCCGGUUUCCCAGCCUUUUGCUGUUGAGCAUCUGUGUGCACUCUGAGACCUUCCGCACGGCGUUGUCUCUGUCCCCAGAUGCGGCUAAUGGCGCCCGCAAAGCCAACGACGAACCGAGCUGGCAGCAACUGUCGGCCAAACUAGAGCAGAGCGCAUCCAGCCUGGAGCUGUUUGCGAAGACGAGAGGGUUGGAAUGGCGGAAAGCGCUGGGCGCUCACGAAGAUGACUUUGGCGUGCUCCUCCGAUCGGUCCUUCGAGACUUCGACUUUGGCCCUGUCACCCAGGCGGAUUUCGGCAUUGGGCCUGGCGAGCUGGAUGAGAUGCACGAGGUCGACGACACGUGCCCAUCACACUGGGUGCUGCCGCCAGCACCCGCCCCUGCUUUCCGCUGCGCUGUUGAAUACAAGGUCACUGACGACGUGAUCAGGGACGGCUUUCGGAUCCAAGACGACGGAGUUGCAGCGCCGCAACUCGACGACGACCAAUUCGUGCAGCAGUUUGACGUUGCCCACUCGAUUCUGCUGCCCAACUACGACUGGACGAACCUGGCGCCCCAGGCCGACGGCGACCCGCGCUUCUGCGGAUUCAAAGACCAUCCGUGCGACGUGUGCGGGCAGGAAUCCUCGUGUGACUGCACGUUUGCCGACAUGUGCGACUCGGCCGGGCAUGGGCGUGAGGUGCUCGUCGAGCUCAUGACGACGGAGCGGACGGGGACGGGCGUGCGCGCGCUGCAGGACAUUCGAGCGGACCAGUAUGUGGGCGAAUACGUGGGCGAGAUCUACCCGGCCAAACAUAACCACCGCGGCGGCCACGUCACUCGCUACGAGGGCGACGCCGGGCACACGUACAUCCUCGAGCUCGACAUCGCGCGGGCCAGCGACUUUGUGCAGGAGACGAGCCCGAAAAGACGGCGGGGAAAGGGCAGCAGCAACGUGAAGAGCAGCAAAGGCAAAAGCAACGCGGCCUCGUCGUCAUCUGGCGCCGCGGUGAAGACGACCAAGGCCGGCAAGGCCAGCAAGGCCAAACCCCGCCCCCGUCGUCCGGCCUACUUUGUCGACUCGGCCGUGCGAGGCAACUGGACUCGGUACAUCAACCACUCGUGCGUGCCGAACACGCGGUUCGACACGGUCAACGUCGGCCAGCGCCACACCGUGUUGAUCCGCGCCACUCGCCGCAUCUAUCAUGGCGAGCAGCUCACGGUUGACUACGGCGACCGCUACUUCUGCCAUUUCGAGUGGGGGUGCAAAUGCGCCCACGCGACCUGUCGCUACUGGCGCGAGGGCGUCGGCGUCGAGCCCGACGCCGUCACGCUCAAGAUGGCCAAGGACCAGGGCAUCGCGCCGCAGUGGGCCCUGGACGACGAUGCCGUUCCUAUCGAGAAGGACAAGGACAAGGACAAGGACGGUGGUGCGGGAAAGGGAAAGGGAAAGGGCCGUAAGUGA